AUGACUCACACACUUGAUCACAUUAUUUAAUAUUUAAUAGUGAAUUACAAUUACACAUCAAACGUAAUUUAAUCUGGCUGUUUAAUUUCAUUAAACAUUGUCAUUGUAUGAUAAUAAACACACAUAUCGUAAAAAUCUAGUUAAAUAUUUUGUGUUUUCGCUGAACUCAUUGUUAUUAAGACAAAGAAAAUCUAAUUAUUCGUGUUAUUCAACAGUAGUUUUAAUUAAUUAAAACUCAUUUUAAUAUAAAUAAAUCCGUUACAAUCACCAAUAAUAAGCACACCUAUGGCAAACAUGUAUCCAAACAUGGACAAACACAUGCCGGUGGACCCGCAACAGCCACCUGUGGGCCAGGGCUACGACCCGCCACCGCCCUAUCACGUCCAACAGGCGUCGGCCCCACUCAUGGGCUCACCACCCAUACCGCCACCCCCUCAACAACAACAGCCAGUGACCAUACUGGUUGACAACGGCAAGUUUGGCCCCUUCCCAAAGGCCAUGAAGUGCUACCAUUGCGGCCAACAGGUGAUGACAGUGACCAGUCAAAAGGCCGGCACCAUUACGUGGGCCCUGUGCUCCCUGUUGUGUAUAGUAGGG